GUGAUUGUUGGCGUACUGAUUACAAUUAAUUCAUGAUCACUGGGUGCUGAUCUCACGAUAUGAUUGUAUUCAUAAUCUCAGAAGGCUGCAGACUUGAGAUGGGUUUUGUGAUAGAGCAAGAGUGCUGCAAUGAAGACUCAGCUCCCUGUAAGCAUGAAUACUGAGAGCUGCCGAGACAAACUCAUCUUUUGGUUGAUUGAGCGUGUCAGACCUUGAAAAGUCCUAUGCCAUGUUCACUGGUUUCUGGACAAUAGCAAUGUUAAGUUGAUCACAAGAUUGAAAGGAUUAUAAGAUGACUGACAUCUGUUAGUUACACUCAGCAUUUAUGUUUGUGGACAGCCUUUAGCAGUCUCCUGUUACAACUGGCUCCCUCCAAAGCUCACACCUAAGUCUGCCGCUCAAAGAUAUCAAGCUGACCAAGAUACAUGCAUAUCAUCCCCAUAUACAGGUGCUCUGGGGGCUCGUCAUAUGUUUGAAACUCCGCGCAACUAGUUUAGCGGUAACAAAUGCCAAUCGGAUUUUACAAAAAGUUCCAGGUUUACGGCGACGCGCUAGAGUACUCACGCAACUACCUGAACAUUCAAACCUGGUGAUUCGGAUCCCCUAUAGGAUUGAUUGAGACGUUGAAAAAGCAUGAAUGGUGUGACUAUACUCCGUACUCCAUGGAUUAAAUAACACUGGUGGUGGUGGUGGUGGUUGGUGAAACAGGAUGCCCGGACCUCAACACAUUAAACGACCUGAAGUUCCUGAGAGUUUGAAACCUUGAAAGCCAGAGUUCAAGCCUUUCUAUGCAAGGAAAGGACUAAGCAAGAAGUUGACUCUGUGCAGCUUCGUCCGGCCAUGUGUGUCUCGACCGGCAGACGAGAGCUGCUAGGGUGUGGUGCCAAGCCAUCACAGCGAGGAUGUUCCAGGACCAACCCCCCCCGCUGCAAUUGUCAACCUUCUCCUUUCCACGCUUCUAUGAAUUUUGUAUACUGCCAUUACAAUUUCUCUAGUCGCCUCGGGGCCCAAGUCUCAUCGUCCGGCAGAUCUAUACAAUGUCUGCUACAUUUGUUACAUCGUCACAUGACCCCUACUUGUUCGCCAUUGCACAAGGGCACGCGCAGUUGCUGGGAAUGCAAGUUGCGGAAGAUGAAGUGUAGAUUCGAUCCGAGAGUUGCUAGCAUGCCCUGCAACGGCUGUCGACGACGGGACUCCCGAUGUAUUAGCCAGGACUUCCCCGAGGACCUCCCAUGUGUCCCCAUGGGCAUUAGAUCUGUGCGCAACGGGAGUCAUGGCGCUCCCUUUGACGGCAGUACUCCUGCUGCUGCCACACCCAGUGAGAAUGGCAGGGCAGAUCCUAACAUCGUCAUACCUAUGUCAAAUGGACAUUGAGCCUUCACGAUACCCAGCCCCUGAUAAAUCUUCUGAGCAAUAUCUUACGAACAAUGAUACCGGGCGCCAGCUUCACAACAUAAAUAUGAAAUGCUUUCUCGAUUCCUGCAUGUGUCAUUACCAUCGCGAGAAGAUACGGAGAGUAUCUGCAAAGCCAGUCGGCACUCGUCCAUCCUCUCCCAUGAAUUGAUGACUACCCCAUAUAGUACCCUCUACCAGAACGGCCUCAAAACGCCCGAUAUCUUUCUCAUGAUUCCGGAACCAAAAAUGCAUCCGGCUCUGAUCGCGAGGCCGCCAGCACGUCUGGUACAUGCACAUGUACAUCUUCCUGCGAUUGCCCGGCGUGCCUGUCUGCUUGCCUGCCCACAAACCGGCCCAUAGAUCUCAACAUGGGUUUAGAGACUGGGAAUUAAGAUUUCGCACUGUCUUUCUGUUUUCUUAAUGCGUAGAUUACCAAACAUGUUUUGCAGUCGAGUCGACCAUAAAUACGGAGUAAUGUCGCGCGGAAAACUGAACUGGAUCAACCUCAGUUUCAAUUGAUG